AUGGCAGAAGGUAAGGUUGAGAUUGUGUCCAAAGUCACCAUAAAGCCAAUAUCACCAACUCCAAAUCACCUUAAACACUUCCAAAUUUCUCUCCUUGAUGAGAUCGCUCCUCCUCCUUCUGUUUAUGUUCCUGUUGUUCUCUUCUAUUCUGCUUCUAAUAAUGAUUUUCCCAAAAUCUCUCGAAAGUUGAAGACUAGAGCACCCUCAAAGCUGUCAGAUUUUCUCAACAAUAAUACCAACCAACAACUCAAUGAGAUUAAAGGGUUUCUUCCAUUAGAUCCCUAUAAGCCUAAACUAGACGACGAUGAUGAAGAUCGUCUAAUAAUGGCUGUUCAGGUUACUGAGUUAGGCUAUGGAGGCAUGGCAAUUGGUGUGUGCAUCUCACAUAAGGUUUGUGAUGGGACAACAGUAGCUACAUUCCUCCAAGCUUGGUCUCAAAAGGCAAUGGGAGAAGGAAGUGAAGUGGUGGCUUCUUCUUUGUCUCUUAAUAUGAAGCUUCAUUGCUUUUUCCACCCAAAGGCAUAG